GUCGUCCUCCUCCUCCGCCUCCGCCUCCUGCGUACAUUUCUCGUUUCUUUCGGUUUCCUUUCUUCCCGGCGCUCGAGGGCGGUCCCUCAGUAGCGAUGGCGGCGUGGAUGAGGCCGGGGAGGGAGAAAGAUCAAGCCAGCGAAGGGGAGGAAGAGGAGGAGGAGGAGGAAGGAGAAGAAGCAGGAGGUGGUCUUUGGGAGUACGAUUCCACUUGGGAGGAGGAGGAGAAGGAGGAGGAGGAGAAGGAGGAAGGGCGGCGGGAGAAGAAGGAACGAGAACCGGCUUCUCAAGCCGCUCACCUAGAGGAAGCCCGAGAAAUGCACAGCUGGUGGUCGCCCAGCUCCAAGUGGGCCUCCGCUAGCCAGGAGUGGCGAAGGCCAAGCCUUUCCGCAGGAGGAGUUAAAAAAUGGAAGAGCAUAAGUAGGCGUAACUGGGACGCAGCCAGAGAUCUGCAGAAAUACAGGCGGCAUUACCCGGGUUUGGAAGAAACUGAGCUCAAUGAGGAAGAUAUGUGGAAUCUGAGCUUUUACAAAAAUGAGAUUAAUUUUUUGCCCCGGGAGAUGAAAAAGGGACAGGACUUUGGUCAUAAUCACCAUCAUGACCUUUUUGACCCACCUGUACUUUUGCAGUGUUUUCAAGGUCUCCCAAAGGAGGAAGAAUUGUACUUCCAAGGACAGAUGACGUCUGGCAGUGUAAUGGAAGGCAUAUACGAGGAGGAUACUGGAAUGGAAGAUCAAGGCUAUCAGGAAGGAGGGAGUGCAUUCCAGGAGAGGGUACAAGGUCUCUACAUUGAAGAUCUCCUUGAGACGUGGCAAGAUAAGUAUGAAGUUUUGGAAGAAAACCAUUCAUAUAUUCAAUGGCUGUUUCCUUUGCGUGAACAAGGGAUGAAUUUUCAUGCAAAACGGCUCACGCGCCAAGAAAUUGAGGCCUUCAAGAAAUCUGAGGAAGUUAUGAAGAGGUUCGUCCGGGCUUAUAAACUCAUGCUGAGUUUUUAUGGAGUCAACCUAAUCAAUAAGGAAACAGGAGAACUGAGAAGAGCUGAAAACUGGAGUGACCGAUUCAUGAACCUCAACCAGUACAGCCAUAACAAUUUACGGAUCACUCGCAUCCUGAAAUGCUUGGGAGAAAUGGGAUAUGAACACUAUCAAGUACAGCUGGUGAAGUUCUUCCUGAUAGAGACUCUGGUCCACCAGGAGCUGCCUCGGGUAAUGAGAAGUGCCUUAGAUUACUUCAUGUUCACUAUCCGAAACAAACCAAAACGACGGGAGUUAGUCUAUUUUGCCUGGCAACACUUCAAACCAAAGUGUGAAUUUGUUUGGGGCCCUCACAAGAAACUCCGGAGGUUUAAGCCUCAGUCCGUCAAGUUUCUGAGUAACCCAGAAGAGCAAGCACACAUUAAGAAAGAAGAUGAAGAGGUUGUGGAGAAGGACAAUAUUGAGUCAUCCCAAAAAAUCUUCCAGAGACUUAUGGAAAAGCCUGGCCUGGAGGGAGCUAGAGAAACUCUAGAAAAGGAGAAAGAUGGGCUGUCUGUGGAGAACUCUGUUGCUGAGCAUGAUUUAGAUACAACAAUAAAUCGUAACCACACUGAGCAGCCUGGAUCCAACAAUAAUGCCAAGUUGAACCUUUCAGCCAGCAACUCUGUGCAGGACACAGGAAGCAGGAGGAGAGUUACCUCUGUACAAAGUAGUGAUCUGUUACAGGAUGGGGAGGUUUUAGAACCCCAGAUAAAGCCUGUAGGUGACUGUAAGACUUCCAGAAAGGCAAACCAGCCUCAUUUUGCAUUGGUGACAGUAGGUGAGACAGAGAAGGAAGACAGUGAAGAAGGCACAGUAUCUUCAGAUUGCCCAUUGGAAGGAAAGGAUCAUGCAGAUGAGUGUGUGGGUGAAGCAGAGGGAGAAAACCUCAAGGAAUCCAAGAAGAGGAAGUUGGAGAUGAGCAAAUUAAGUGGAGAAAGCUCUGGAGUAUCAAAAAGCCCCAGUGAUAUUGAGAGGAUCUCCCAUAAUCUUGGUGAGGUAGUCAUUACAAAGGAGGAAGUUAGCACCUUGGCCCCCAAAGGAGGGAAUGCAGACUCCAGAGUUGGGAAGGAGGCCGGAUCCCUUGAUGCGGUGAUAAAAAGACGGAAAGUAGACAUGGCACCCAAAGGUGGUUCUUCAAAAGUGGAUGAUGAGGUGAUCCUAUCUAAGAGCCAAGGAAUAAGUUCCAUUACUCAUGAUGUUAAGAAGACAGAUCCUGUCUGCCAAGAAGAAACCAAAACAGCAGUCAAUGCUUCUGUAGACACUCUGACAGGACCCAGGGCUGGAGGUGUGGAUAUAUUGGCUGAUUCCAAAAAGAAUGACCUCCCUGUGGAUGGCUGUCUGCUGGAGAACGUUAAAGAGCAAGAAGCUCCCACUCUAACAGAAAGUGAGGCACCUUGGUUGUCUGAAACCUUCAUAGCUCACAAAAGGGGAGUAAGGAACAAUGCAGGAUGGAAAGAGCAGGACACUGAAGAAACAUUUGAUGGUUCUACAGGAAGGAAUAACAUCCCCAAAAUAAAGGAGCAUGAAAACACCAUGGGUGGACCAGAAAAAGAGUAGUUCUGUCCCAGGUAGGAUGAAAUAGUCCCAGGUGUCCUAAAGGUCAGAAUGGGGUGUAUAUUUUCAGAAGCAGUUCAGAAUAACCCCUGUGCUUUGUUUGUUUGCAGGGUUUGGUUUCCCCAGAUUUUUAUAAGCACUGGACAUAGUCAAGACCUACAGGCAAAGGCUUUCAGAAAAAAGGUUGCCACGCUUAGGUGAUGACUUGCACAUCUGAUAUUCCCACUUCUAGAAGGCUUUUAUCUUCUAAUUGAUUGCCAGAGGGCUCUGUUCCUUUUUUAAGAGAAAGCACUGAACCAUUAAAUACAAUUUAUGCUACCUUUCAGAUGUGUUUUUCCGAGUGUUUACUAGAUGAGCCAGAAGAAUGUAUUUACUAAAUUAAGUCUGUCUUUGUUAAAUAAAGGACUUAACUUUUGAA